UCAAAUGAAGGUUAUGAUGUGGUAAAUGAGCUCUUCUCUUGGCAACCCAUUCGUGGACGUGGGCCAUUAGGUUUAAAGUUAACGAAAACACCUGCUCUUUUGGAGCUUAUACAAAAGAAGCUCACAUUAACCUCCAAAGGAAAAGGAAAGCAAACAACAUGUGACGUACAAACAAUAUCUACUGCAAUACAAGGAAGGAAGCCCCGUUCACAAAAGUUGCAGGCUUCCAAUUUUCAAGCUUCCUCUCUUAGAAUUGGGGACUGGGAGUGGAAAUCAAUAUAUGAAGGAGAUAUUGUUGCAAAAUUUUAUAUUUCCAAGAAUAAAUUGGCAUGGGAAAUACUCCAUGAAGGUCUGAAGAGCAAGAUAGAGAUAAAAUGUUCAGACAUAUGUGCCUUGAGAAUAACUUGUCCCAAAGAUUUACCCGGGAUGCUGGAUAUUAUGGUGUCCGCGGUGCCACAAUUUUUCAUAGAAACCAAUCCACAGCCACGCAGGAGCACCAGGUGGCUUGCAACUACGGAUUUUACUGGUGGACAAGCAAGUACGCACAGUAGGCAUGUUCUACAGUGUGGCCCAGGGAUAAUGGACAAGCACAUUGAGAAUCUCCUCCACAAAGACCAACGUCUAUAUUUAUUAAGUCAGAGCACCGAAAAUUCAUAUCGUAGCAAUUAUGACAACCUGUUUGAGACUGGACAAACUCGGCAGUCAUUGCCACUUCAACCGAUGCCAACUGGAACAAUGACAUUAGGGCUAAAUGAUUCUGGAGCCCUGCAAGGUGUACACUUUCAAAGCUCAGGGCAGCGAGCUCCACUGAAGGAGGACAUGCUUAACUGGAAAUACUUUUUGGGCACGCCUCUCGGGUCACAACCUACCUCCAUGUCCAACUCUAAUGCCGGUAUCAUGUAUAGUAACUCUGGAAACCGCUUCGACAAUCACAUCAGUUCAUGGAACUUAUCUCCCAGUGCUGAUUACUCAUCAUUGCGUGAGAUGUAUGACUUGAAUGGCAGCCAUACCUUGUUGCCGAGUAACAGCAACCUAUCAUCGGAGACAAUGACACUUGAGCAGCUACGAGAAAACUUAUUGAGCGACAACGAGAUCGUGAAUGUGGUGGACGAAGAGGAUCUCAUGAGCAUG